CGCUAAUGUUCGUAAAAUGUAUUAUUUAUCAAAGUCCACGAAUAAUGCCUAGAUUACAAGAAGAGGCAUGGAUACUACAACUCCAUGGUCUGGAUGGGAAGAUGAUGAGUCAGACUCGAAGGACCGAGUGCGGGAGCAACUCAGCGAGAUGCGUGCCCGCGAAGACGCUUCGGAUGGUCAGACCCCCAAAAGAAAGAGAGGACGGCCCCGAAAGAACGAAACGAAAUCGCAUGAGAACAAGAAAAGGGCUAAACGGAAAAGUCGUGCAAGACAAGAUAGUACCGAUAGUACCGAAGAUGAUGAGGAUCUUGUCCUAGACGAUGAUGAUGCUGAGGAAGAAGAGGCAGAUGAGGUGGAAGAACCUGAGGAGGAUCCAAACGAUCCGGAGUUUGAACCAAACCGACGAACUAGCCGUCGAAAUCGCAAGCCUGUGAAAACUUACAACACGAAGCUGUUGUUACGUGAAGAAAUGUCGAAAGCUAGGGAAUCAUUCAGUAAAAGUGGCCGCGGUCGUGGACGCGGACGCCCUCGUGGUAGUGGUCGAAAAACGUGUGUUGACCUUACUUUCCUUGAGGAUCCCAGGAGAACUCGUGUCACCGAUGAAAACGAAUUUGACAGGCUUCUAGAUGAGGAAGUAGCGAUGUAUGAAAAACACCUUCCAACUUUACCACCAGUGAUACCCGAUCCAAGCCAGAGGCUUUAUGUCGUUCGUGUGGAUUCCGUUGAGGCACUUACGAAUGCCGGCGCUGGUUUCCGUCUCAUGACCAGCUGUGUCACUGAUGACAUGAUGGUCUCGCUUUUCCAUCUCGCGACUGACAAGUAUUUUGUCAACACCAACGCGGAGGACGUAGUACAACUUGCUCAAGUUCUUCGCCAUGUUUGGAACCAGCUACCGCUAUACACAAGAUUAGCUUGGGAGGAUGCUGCUCAUAAAGCUGCUUUGAAAAAUCAUACCGACAGAGAAGAGGAAGAAUCGGCAGGAGAGGAGGGUGUGCAUGUCCGAAAAGAAGUUAUGCCGGUGCGAGAAUUUCCGUUCGGAUUAGACCCGAUGUUAUCGAAGUCAUGGCGGGCUCAAGCUUUUAAUGGCCCUGCUGUGUCUGAUAUGGUAAGGAAGCAGCGACCUAUCCUAAGUUCAUGCUGCAGCAUACGCGAGACGUGGAGGUCCUUCAUCGACGUACAGUCACAUCUUCUUGCUGCCCAUUAUACAGCUAUGUUCUAUGCUUGCCAUUUCUGUGGAGUACUUCAUCAGUCAGUUGAGGCCCUUUUGACGCACGUGGAUUGUUCGAGAUGGACGAGUAUGCUGCUGAACCGCAUGGUCAAGGGUGGAGACAAGCAGAAGGUUGAGAUGAAAGUUGCUUAUCUCUUCAUGGUAUGUACUGAUUGUGGCUUAUGGCUGCCUAUACGGGUAAAUUAUCCACCGGAUCGACUUCCAAAGGCAUGGUGCUUCUUUGCCACUGUCAUGGAAAAUCAUUCUUGCAAAAAGCUGGUACCUUUGGUAGUUUACAUGGCGGAGGCGGUAGAUGUACCAUCUAGGGAUGCUCGUUUAGUAGUUCAUUUUGUGCCAUCCUUCCUGAAAAACUUCCCAGUCUCGUGCGAAGAAUGUCAGAUCAAUGCAUUUUCCUCACCUGACGAGAUGGAUCAUCAUUUUCAAAAUGUCCAUCAUACAAGGUUCAAAUGCACUAAAUGUGGAGAAUGCAGCGGGACUGAGAUGUUUCAUAGAGCUCAUCUUGCUUCGCAUUUGAGUGAUUCGCUGUUACUUGCUGACUAUUUGCGCACCAGCUGCACUUUCUACCCGCCACCAUUUUGUGAUGGACCACCUGUAGUGGGUGCAAAUGGGGAAACUCCUGCUUGUGGAGGAUGUACUUCAACAAUUACCCCAUCUCCUAUGGGACAUGACUUGCUGGAUCACUGUGAACCUUUGGUGAAGACGAAACUGAUAAACGCGCUAACUCUUGCAAAAUCAGCCGUAUCGGACGACGACGACGACGACGAAGAUACCAAGCGUCGCGCGGAUAUGGGUUUCGAGAAUUUCGAUUAUAGUGAAUUAGAAUUCUCUCCUGAUGAGAAGGAGGCGAAGAAUCUGAUCAACGAAUUUUUCCACAAGGUCAAUGGUACAAGCGAACCAGACGAUGACGUGUUGGAUUGGAGUAUCAGGGUCAAUGAUUAUAAAAAGGUAGUGGAACUGCUCAGCCCCGAGAGGAAGUUAGGAGUGAAUUUUGCCGCCCCGAGGACGGUGUUAGGAUCCGAUAACUUUGCUGAUCUUUUGGUCACGAAGUUUACGAAGAGGAUAUCGUUGCCAAUUUCUGCUUGUAUGGAGCUGCUGUCGGGUAAUCUGCUACUGAAAAGAUUCAUGUAUUGCACCGCAUGUAACUCCAUCCUUGCAUCUCCCUCCGGGUUGGAUACGCAUAACAAUACGAAAUGUGGCACCGAAUCACUUGUAUCGCUAUUUUGUCCACCAGCGCCGGUAAAUUCGGAGUUGGAAUGUCCUACAUGUUCCAAGUCUGUGUGCUCCAUAUCUGGGUUCCGUGCACAUAUGGCAAUACAACAUGGUAUCUACGUUGAAUAUAAGACUGGCACUCAGCUUGGAAUGACGCCAGAAAGCAAUGCCAGUCUCCAGGACAUAGCUGCGAGAUAUCCAGACACUAGGACUGCCGUAGCUCGCGACACUGACAAUGCGCUAUGGCUGCGAUAUGGCAUACUGCAACCAAGAUCGCACUUCGAAAUGCAGCUGAAUCUUGCUAAGAGAGGAAUCAAGGUGAUUGGAAUGGAUCCGAAGGAGAAUGGGACUCCGAACCAGAGCACUCCGAGAGGUGGGCUUCGCCCCAUCAUGGCGCGACGUUCUGCUUUCACUUUGAACGAUAGUCCAUCACCACCAGGAUUGAUGAGAAGAGAUGAUUCUCCGGCUUUCACUUCUGCUUCUGCGUUGGCUCAGGGAAUCAAUCAGCAUUACAUAAAGCCUUUCGUAUUAGUCAACAAUAUGCUGCGUUGCAAAUUCUGUGCCCAUCAAACGUGCACUCAAACAAUGAUGCGAGAUCAUUUACAAUCCAACCAUGUUUUGGUCUGUCGAGCCUGUGGAAAUGGAUUUGCGCAUCGCGAAGCUUUGACCCGGCAUGGAAAACUGGGACGAUGUUCGAUGCAAUUCAAAGACGUCUCUGUGAAACAAAUCUCUGCUGACUGUGGAGUUUGCUAUAAGAGAAUGUCACUUGCUAAUGCAUACCUCCAUUUGUUCCGGGAGCAUCUGAAUGCGGUGUUGUAUGGCACGGUAUCUGGACAGGUUUAUCCAGAGCAUCUGAAUCUUCACGUUGAUCAAAGUUUGGCGGAAGUCCUACCUGUAAAAGAAGUGGCUCCAAUCACUCCAUUGCCUGCACCUAGUGAACAUAGCGAACGAAGAAAUCGCGAAGUGGUCGUGUACAAAGUACCACCGAAUGCGGAUUGCACAUGUUAUCUUUGUGGAAUGCAAAUGGCCAAUGCAGAUCAACUGAAUAAUCAUCUCAGCAGGCAUCCGGAGAAGUGGACCAAAUGUCCAUUCUGCAUCGAUUACACUCCUAUCGCAGACCAUGAGGCAAUGAGAGUGCAUCUUACACAACGACACAUGGAUAAAAAAGAUGGCAAUUUGUGUUGUCGAUAUUGCCAGCGAAUCAUAGCUGGUGAAAGUUGUGCACAUCUGCUCUACAUGUGCACACAAACUCGAAAGUGUGCGUUGUGUUAUGGAAAUCAGGUCAUGAAGAAUUCGGCUGAGAUGACUGUACACUGGACAAAUAAACAUCUGGACAUUUUGAGAAGGUUCCAAUGCUCUGAUUGCGGAAUGACAUUCUGUCAUGUAAAAGAUUUUUGGAGUCAUCAGUGUCGUUCGCACUUUAUGCAGCAAAAAUGUAGCUGCGGGUUCUCAGUGACUUUUUCGUCUCGGACUGCGUUCUUACUGCAUUUUGGUAUGCACAUAGAUGAGGCAAAUAUGACAUGUAAACUGUGCAAGUUCAAAUUUUCCUCCAAGGUUGCUCUGCAGAAUCAUCGCCUUUCACAUGCCAUAAUGGUCAACAGUGCAACUGGAAGACAGCUGAUUAUUCUGGACCCUAAACUUGCUCAAGCAGAACAGCAGCUGCAGCAACAACAACAGCAACAACAGGAAGCGAAGAAACCGAGGCGAUCUGCCAAAGAACUGGAUGCUUUAAUUGAGGAGAAGCGAUUCACUGCUGACAUAACCCUGACUGUCCGUUCUAUUGUUCGUCAAGUAUGCGAAUCUCUUGGUGAAGUCUAUAAUCAGAAGGACUCACCAUCGCCAUCUGAUGUGCUUGUAGCUAACAACGACGACGAUAUCAUAGAAUUGGACAGCCCCGGUGUGGAUGAUGAUUUGGUCGACAGUGCAGAGGCCACAGCAAAUGCCCAUCGAGCAUCUCUUAUGGCACAAGUUCGAGUGGAAGUCGCGGAUAAUGUUGGAAAUGUGGGCUCAUCGAUGCCCGGAUACGUUGAGGACGAUGACGAGAAUGCAGUGGAAUGCCUUCCUGAAAAUGUGAAAGCUGAAUACGGGUCGGCGGUUGUCAAAGAAGUCCAUGACGACAACAAUGACGAUGACUUACAGGUUAUUGGCGAAGUUGAACAUGCUCCUGGUGUUACAUCGUCAGCUGUGGUCACGCGCGAAAAGAAGUACAAAUGCUCGCGAUGCAGCUCUAUGUUUAUCACUGCUCAUGCAGCCAAGCUACAUGAGGAGACGUCGCAUAGCACUGAUGCGGGUGGUAUAUGUGAAAAGGUCUUUGGCAUACCUUUGAAAGGUUUCUUUUUCGUAUGCAGGAACUGCUGCGCUGCAUUUGAGAGUCAGCAGCAAUUUAAAAAUCAUCGGUUGUGUCAUGGUCCAACGGGUUCAGUUUCAUGCGGUGAAUGCUCAGCCAUAGCUUACAAUACGCCGCUAUUUGAACAUCAUCGCAACGCCCACGCAACCAAGGAUAGACUUUUCUACGGAUGCAGCCAAUGCAGCAUGAUGUUCCGGACAGAUGCACGCCUUAUGUUCCAUCUUCGAGAGGCACAUGGUGUUCCCCUAUUCUUCUUCUGCAAAGCUUGCCAUCUUGGUGGCACUCAUGAGAAGUCUAUAUAUGUACACGUUGCUUUAAAGUCCCAAAGAUGUCGUCAAUUUGGUCAGCAAAAGAAUUGGACAAACCUGAUGACCAUUGGAGUAUGUCCGGCUAAUGUCCUGCAUUACCAGCCAAAGAGUCCUGUGACUCAUGAAAUGAUGAUCUCCCGUGGUUCGGUAGAAGUAGUGGUACCAUCCGAGUGUUCGCAUCGUUCAUUUUUAGCGCCUACGGACUCACUGAUAACUUGUAGGGAAUGUUUCUGCACGAUGACGGCUGCAUCGUUCACCGCUGCCGAAGCAUAUAGAAACGGAGGUGUAUCGAAGGAGCUUGCUAUGACUCUCGAUAACGGAUUGGACUUUCCUUUCACUAGCGUAUUUGAACCGACACCCAGUGAAACUAUGCAAACUCUGCAAGGGCGUGCAAUAGCUCCAAGGAUAGAUCCGGCAGCAUCCUAUUUCGGAAAUGGUUUGAGAAGUACCGACCCGCCACGACUGGCUCCACGACCAAUAGUCAGCAGUGCACGAGUUGCUACUGUAGCUCCACUGAACAGGGCUUUGCCGGUCUUGAAGCGACGAUCGGUUCAAAGUAGUAACUCUGAUGUUAUCACGUUGGGAGACGAAGAACCAGGUCCAUCAGCAGCAAAGCGCGCACCAUUGCCUGUCCAAAGAUCGCGAUUCCAUGAUCCUACUGUGGCAAAGUGCAAGGUAUGCGAAGCUCCCAUGCCGUCAGCCCAGAUCAUGUCAUUGCACGAGCUGCAUAAGAAUGGAAUGAAAUGGUUCUGUUUGGACUGUGCCAGUGCGCAGAUGGAUGAGGUUGAAGCGAUGAAGCAUUACUUCACCGUACAUGUCAAAGUUGCGGAGCAGAAAUGUGUUGAGAGAGGUCAGCUGUUCCGACCCUUACACUAUGAGCUGCAAUGCCCAUUUCCAAAAUGUAGAGAGCCAUUGUCAACUCUUACAAAUCUUCGGAUUCACAUUAAUAAUAAGCACAGAGCGGAAACAGCGUAUUCAUCGAGUGCAUGUAUGUUCCGAUUCUGUUCACCAUUUGCGAAAGCGAAACAUGAUGGGCAACAUUCGAGUUAUGAAAGUGUGAAUGGUGUAGAAGGAACCUGCUGCCCACUCUGUGGCACACUGAAUCAGUGGAAUAUCCAGAUGCCUGGAUCAACAUACACAAUGAGCCACAUCGCGGUACAUGGUCUGCGCCGUUAUCACAUGUGUCGUGAUUGUUUUGUCUGCUUCAAGGGGGAUUACGAUUGCAUACGCAUGAGAACGCAUUUCGAAACGACCCACUGUACAGUGAUACCAAAGACGAAUAAUCGCGAACUUUUGUGCAAACUUUGCAGAGAAGUGGUCUUGAAGUCACACCUGACUGAACACGUGAUUGAAAAGCAUUUGGUGACUGGCUUCAAAUCACGUGAUCCGAAAUGGCAAGGUAAACUCAUAGUGAAGACCGGUGCUGUAACGCGUCGCUUCCUUGGAUUUGAUCGCAUUUAUCAUGUUGGCGACGACUCCGACAUGGACUAAUUGCCACCUACCUCUGGUGCAAUGUGCAUAUGUAUUUCAUCCUUGUCAUUCAUAGCUGUCUCUUUCCCCAGUGUAAAAUCAGCCAUUAGUAAGACCCGUAGAAGUUUUUUUUUGUUGAUAAAAAGCAAAUUAGCAGGAAUGUCGAAUGUAUAGGC